UGAGAGUACCUGCGUGAUAAGUACUCUACAAAAUAAUUUAUAAAAAUCAUGCAGUCCGACAAGCUCCCACCCAAUCCCCGUGAAUCGGCAGGACUGUUGUCCUCGCUUAUGUUUUGCUUUGCUCUGCCCAUUCUCUUCAAAGGCCGCAAAAAGACGCUCCAACCCACGGAUCUCUAUCAGGCACUGAAAGGACACAGAGCGGAUGAUCUUGGCGACAGAUUCUUCGAGACAUGGCAGGCCGAGGUGGAGGCGUGUCGUCGUCGGCGGCGCAACCAAGAGCCGAGCAUCAUCAAAGUGAUUCUUCGCGUUUUCGGUUGGCAGCUGCUGCGCUCUGGACUGAUCAUUGGAGUGCUGGAGCUGGGCACCAGGGCCACUGCGCCCUUGUUGCUGGGCGCUUUGAUAUCGGAGUUUACGACCCAUGGAAAUGGCGAUGGGCUGUGGGCACAGCUCUAUGCAGCUGGCCUGAUACUUACCACCCUGGCCAGCGUUCUCCUGGUACAUCCUUAUAUGAUGGGCAUGAUGCACUUGGCCAUGAAGCUGCGGGUGGCCGUGGGCAGUGCCAUCUAUCGCAAGGCUUUGCGUUUGAGUCGCACCGCUCUGGGGGAUACCACGACGGGUCAGGUGGUUAAUCUGAUAUCCAAUGAUUUGGGCCGCUUCGAUCGAGCGCUGAUACACUUCCAUUUCCUGUGGCUGGGACCGCUGGAGCUGCUGGUUGCCUCGUAUUUCCUCUACCAGUCGAUUGGCCUGGCCUCGCUCUACGGCAUUGGCAUCCUCCUGCUCUAUCUCCCAGUGCAGACUUACCUGAGCAGACUGACCUCCGUGCUGCGUCUGCAGACGGCUUUGAGGACGGACCAGCGGGUGCGAAUGAUGAACGAGAUCAUCUCCGGCAUUCAGGUGAUCAAAAUGUACACCUGGGAGCGGCCCUUUGGCAAGGCGAUCGAGAGGCUGCGGAGGAGUGAAAUGAGUUCCAUUCGCAAGGUGAACUACAUCCGCGGCACUCUGCUGUCCUUUGAGAUCACGCUCGGCAGGAUUGCCAUCUUCGUGAGUCUCCUGGGCUACGUCCUGAUGGGCGGGGAGCUCACUGCGGAGAAGGCCUUUGUGGUCACGGCCUUCUACAACAUCCUGCGGCGCACUGUGAGCAAGUUCUUCCCCAGCGGCAUGUCCCAGUUUGCCGAGCUGCUGGUCACGCUUCGCCGGAUCCGAACAUUCCUCAUGCGAGACGAGACAGAGUCAAUGCUGGAGCAGAGCGAUGGCGAUGCCAAGGAGAAGCCCACCGAAGUGCUGGUGGAAAUUGAGGUCUUAACCGCACGCUGGAGCCGCGAGCACCAUGAACCGGUGCUGGACAGGAUCAGCAUGAGCCUGAAGCGUCCGCAACUGGUGGCCGUCAUUGGUCCCGUGGGCUCGGGCAAGUCCAGCCUCAUCCAGGCGAUACUCGGCGAGCUGCCCGCUGAGUCUGGGGGAGUGAGGAUCCAGGGCAGAGUGUCGUAUGCCUCGCAGGAGCCGUGGCUCUUCAACGCCUCCCUGCGGGACAACAUCCUGUUCGGGCUGCCCAUGGACAAGCAUCGCUACCGUCGUGUGGUGCAGAAGUGUGCCCUGGAGCGUGACUUUGAGCUGCUGCAGGGCGAUCGUACAGUCGUGGGCGAGCGUGGAGCCUCGCUCUCGGGUGGCCAGCGGGCGAGGAUCAGCCUGGCCCGAGCCGUGUACCGCAGGGCGGACAUCUACCUGCUGGACGAUCCGCUCAGCGCCGUGGACACGCACGUGGGUCGCCAUCUGUUCGAGGAGUGCAUGCGGGGCUUCCUCAAGCAUCAGCUGGUCAUCCUGGUCACCCAUCAGCUGCAGUUCCUGGAGCAGGCCGACGUGAUUGUGAUCAUGGACAAGGGCAGAGUCACAGCCAUUGGCAGCUACGAGGAGAUGCUCAAGAGUGGCCAGAACUUUGCCCAGCUCCUUGCUAAGAGCACUUUCCAUGAGGAUGGAGACCACAAUGAGGCAGCUGGAGAUGCAAAGUCCGCUUACUCCCGUCAGAGCAGCUGCCAGAGCAGAACGAGUGUCAGCUCUGUGGACUCUGCUGGCGCGGAUUCCCUCAACGAGGAGGUGCCAGCGGCAGUUGUGCCCCCGCAGGAGUCACGUUCCAGCGGCAACAUCGGGCUGGACAUGUACCGAAAAUACUUUGGCGCUGGCUCUGGCUGGAUUCUGUUUGCCCUCGUCGCGUUCUUUUGCCUGGGCACACAGCUGCUGGCCUCUGGUGGCGAUUACUUUCUCUCCUACUGGGUUAAGAACAACAAUCAAUCGUCGGCUGUGGACAUUUACUACUUCAGCGCCAUCAAUGUGGCACUCGUGAUCUUUGCCCUGCUCCGGACUCUACUCUUCUUCAGCAUGGCCAUGCACUCGUCCACUGAGCUGCACAACUCCAUGUUCCGGGGCGUGUCCCGCACGGCGCUGCACUUCUUCCACUCGAAUCCCUCGGGCCGCAUCCUGAACCGCUUCGCCAUGGACCUGGGCCAGGUGGAUGAGGUGCUGCCGGCCGUCAUGCUGGACUGCAUACAGAUCUUCCUCACCAUUGCCGGGAUCAUCUGUGUGCUGUGCAUCACCAAUCCCUGGUAUCUGGUCAACACGUUCCUCAUGUUCCUGGCCUCGCACUUCCUGCGGCGGUUCUACUUGAGCACCUCGCGGGAUGUGAAGCGCCUGGAGGCGGUGGCCAGAUCCCCCAUGUACUCCCACUUCAGUGCCACGCUGAAUGGUCUGCCCACGAUCCGCGCCCUGGGCGCCCAGCGACUGCUGACUGGGGAGUACGACAACUACCAGGAUCUGCACAGCUCCGGCUACUACACGUUCCUCUCCACCAGUCGCGCCUUUGGCUACUAUCUGGAUCUGUUCUGCGUGGCCUAUGUGAUAUCCGUGACGCUGACCAGCUACUUUGACCCUCCCCUCGGCAGUCCGGGACAAAUUGGACUGGCCAUCACCCAGGCCAUGUCCAUGACGGGCACCGUGCAGUGGGGCAUGCGGCAGUCGGCCGAACUGGAGAACUCCAUGACCUCCGUGGAGCGUGUGGUGGAGUACAGAAACCUUCAGCCCGAGGGCCAGUUCGAGUCCCCAGCAGACCAGAAGCCAGCCAAUAGCUGGCCCAAAGACGGACAAAUUGUGGCGGCAGACUUGAGUCUGAGAUACAAUCCCGAUCCGAGCACCGAUCGAGUGCUGAACGCUCUCAGCUUUACGAUCCUUCCCCGCGAGAAGAUCGGCAUUGUGGGCCGCACGGGUGCGGGGAAAUCCACGCUGAUUAAUGCGAUAUUCCGACUGUCCUACAACGACGGCACCCUGCUGAUCGAUGGCCAGGACACGGCAGCGAUUGGUCUGCACGAUCUGCGCAGCAAGAUCUCGAUUAUUCCACAGGAGCCGGUGCUCUUUUCCGGCACCCUGCGCUACAAUCUGGAUCCCUUCGAGCAGUACACGGAUGAGAAGCUCUGGCAGGUCCUACAGGAGGUUCACUUGAAGGAGGAAAUCUCUGAGAUGUCCACUGGCCUGCAGAGCCUCAUCGCCGAGGGUGGCACCAACUACAGCGUCGGUCAGCGUCAGUUGGUCUGCCUGGCACGUGCCAUUCUGCGGGAAAACCGCAUCCUGGUCAUGGACGAGGCCACGGCGAACGUGGAUCCACAGACCGAUGCCCUCAUCCAGUCUACCAUUCGCAGAAAGUUCAGGGACUGCACUGUCCUCACCAUUGCCCAUCGCCUGAACACUAUUAUCGAUUCGGAUAGGGUUAUGGUCCUGGAUGCCGGCCAUCUCAUGGAGUUUGGCACUCCACACGAACUUCUCACGCAAUCCCAGAGCAAAAUCUUCUACGGCAUGGUCCUGGAGACGGGCAGGGCGAGCUUCGAGCAGCUUCUAAAGAUUGCAGAAAGUGUUCACGAGAGCAAAUUGCACAGCAAACCGGAAUGAAGCCUGUCCGGAACAACAAAUUUAACUUUUAAACUUUUUUAAAAGCUUACAGACAGUUCAAACUUCCAAAAAAUAA